GUGAUGUGGGUGCUCGGAGCUCGUGAUGGCAUCGAGAAGCGCCAAAUCGUUCAAGGAGGCUGGCAGCGGCUCUUCGAGUGCUUGGAAGUGGGCUGGGACGUGGUUCUCGUCGGACCCGAGAUGAGUGAGGACAAGGCAGUCCUCACCCACUCGGGCAUCAGGGUCUACACCUUCGCAUGCCUGGCCCACGAAGCUGUGAUGCCCCAGCAUCUGCGGCGUCCCACCUUUGUUUGUGCCUUCAACUCAGGCUUGGGUGCAAGUGUGCCAGUGCACAUGAAACCUUGGAUCCAGACUUUGGUUCAGCUGCUUGCCAUGGGUCGACCGCUGUUGCUGACAUGUUUUGGCAGCUACGAGGCCAGACUGGAAGCCUCCGUUCUCAAUGCGUUGCAGGCGCAAUACAUGCCUCACAAGCAUGGCGGCUUCGGUCACGUGCUCGAGGCCGACAAGCCACUGAGCAUCUGCAACGCUUUAUUUGCUUGGGUUUUGGGGAGCUCCAUACCUGAGCCUCUCUUGCUAACAGAUGUCAAGAGCUACGUUGAGAAGCAGCUGGAAGCGUCGCAGCUGCUGCUGUUUCUGAAGGAGCUACGGAGCCACAUUCGGAUUCUGCAGGACCCGGACGGGUCUGCUCACGCUGGCUGGGCCGAGAUGUAUGAUGGCAGGUUCAUCCCAGCCAUUAAGCAGGCCCUCGAAGAAGACGAUGACGACAGAGGCGGCAUUCAGCAGAUAGUGCGCUGCACGAUGAAGACCAUCGCGUCGGCCUGUGCUGUGACCGCCGCCGCGCGCCUCUUUCUGUACCUGAGUGGCUUAGAACUCCUGCGAGGCUUCAAGCGUUGGGCCGAAAGUGCUCCCUGGACUUCGCACGCCUGGAUACGGGAAGAGACCCUGGAGUGGGUAAGUGAAACCCAAGAGCUCCUGGAGUGCACGGGCUCAGACUGCCAGAGCCUGGAGCAGAUCUCGCAAGAUCAGGAGAUCCAGACUUUCUCUGCGUCUCUGCAAGUUCGGCUGGAGAGUGGUUGCGUUCUUUUCCAAGAGCCGAGUUUUGGUUCCCGAGUUCUUGCCCGGGUGGCGCGAGGCCACCCCUUGCAAGCAGAUGCGCAUAAGGGCCUUUGGAUCCGUGUCUCCCACCAAUCCGGAGCUUGUUGGCUGCACGGUUAUACCGAGGAGGGACACGCUUGCGACAUUACAUACUGGGACGUGAAAGCUUGGGAAAGAAGCAGCAAGAGCCACCCUGCCUCAAGGGGCUCCUUGGGGCUUUUUGUGUAA